AUGAGCGAAGAUACAGAAACAGUUAGCGUCCACGGCCGAGAGUUCCAAAGAACAUCCCUCGACGAGGGUGUCUACUACGCCCCGGUGGCCUUCGACGACCGCGAAGAGAGCAGACUGACAGCUCAGCACGAAAUUGUGUCCCGUAUCUUCGGCGAUGGACUGUUCUCCCCUCGAAUACCAGUUGGGGAGCCCGAAGCGAUAUUGGAGUGCGGCUACGGCGGUGGAGACUGGGCUGUCCAAUGCGCAGAUGAGUUUGAGGAUUGUGAGGUAACUGCUCUUGAUAUCUUCCCCAUGCAGAUGGACCGACCCGAGAACCUAGACCUGGUCGCUCAUAACCUCAACGAUCCUCUUCGUGAUCCCGAAAUAUUCAAAGCGAAUCACUACGAUCUCAUCCACUCGCGAUUCGUGUUUCCAGGCAUUAAGAGCGGCAGAUGGAAUGGAUACAUCAGAGAUAUGAGGUUAUUGCUACGGCCGGGAGGUUGGGUGCAGAUAAUGGAGUAUCUGCCGAUUAUCCAAUCGCACAAUGGACGUCUUACGGACCAGAAUGCUGUGCGAAGAUGGUGGCAGGAAUACCAGGGCGCCAUGGCGGACAUGGACCGUGACCCGCGGAUAGGUCGACGGUUGAAGCGGCUGUUGCUCGACAACAGAUAUCGAGACGUCGACGUCGACAUAGUGCAGCUUCAUAUAGGUGACUGGUCGAAAAAUGAGACCCAAGCUAGCAUUGGUAGAGACUCUGUCGAAAUGAUUGGUGACCUCCUUGAGUCACUUGGGCUGUGGCCGUUCACAUCGAAACUGGAUUGGACAGCUGCGCAGUUCGAAGACCUUAUGCGGGAAGUUCGUGCAGAGCUCCAGAAUGUGGAGCUGAACCUAUACAUUGAGCUGUAA